CGUGGGUCACUGUCAACACGACUGAUGCUGCUUUACUUUCAGUGAAUGAUUUUACUGUUCACCAAACGGAAAACUGCAAUGAUGCUGCAUUCAACGGAAUCUUCUGCCGAGGAUCGGUUCUGUGACGUCAUGGGAUCGGCCUGUGCUGAGAUUCCGGUACGGAUGCAGGUGGUCCAGUGUUUGAGGACUUUAGCCAGCUCACGAGACUCUGGGGAGAUUGUGUGCGCGCUGCGCACGCUCACGCGUUACCUGGAGGACGGCGAGCUCACGCGCCUGCACAACACGCACGCGCUUCAGGUGCUGGUGAGCGCGCGCAGCUCGCAGUGGUUCCAGAGUUCAUGUGAUGAUGAAGAGGAGAUGAGGAAGCUCUGGUCCGAGUUCUUCCUCAGGGGUCCACCUGACCAGACACUGCUGAUACUGUUGGAUACCAUCAACACCACAGGUGAGAGUGCAGGUUUGGAGCGAUGUGUUUCCGUACUGGAGAAGUUCCUCUCUAUGGGUCGUUUACAUGUGUUGUUGUGGUCCAGUUGUGAAGUGGGCGGAGCUUGCUCUGACACUCCCCAGAUAAAAGAGACUGUCAUUGGACAUCUUGCAGCUUUACCCUCAAUCACCUCGAACCGUCUGCACACACAAACUCUUGAUGCCUUCCUACCACACCAUUAUUACCCAUUGCUCGCUAGCAGCAUACUGGGCACACUGGAGAAGACGUGCCAUGCUCUCAGAGCUGCGCAAGACUGCUCUCUUGGGUUUGUGGCACAGGUUUUGGGAAAAGUGUGUAUCCAAGGAUACAGCUCUCUGAUUUUUGAGACCCUGGCUCCCCGUCUCUCUUCUCUAACCCACAUGGACCCUCUGUGGCAGCGUGUGACCCAGAGAUUACUGGAGAAUGUUCCGGAACGAUGCACCGAGAGUGUCAUUACAGGUCUCAUACACAACCUCAGCGGGGCAGCUGCUGUGUCCAGGCUGAUGGGAAACCUGGUGGUGACCAAUAAGAAAGCUCAGUUUGUUCUCACUCAUAAAUUGGUAUUGCAACAGUACCAGCACCCAACAAAGCUGUUAAAAUCUGUUCUUGGUUAUUUGGCUCUGGAUCGAGAACGCCGGCUGCUGCUCAAACAAGUCUUUCGGAGUGUAUGUCAGGUAUGGUGUAACAGCAGUGCUGUGAAACAUACUUCUGUCGAACAGCAGCUGUACGUAAGCAAAGCUUUACUGCUGUGUGUGGCUUUACUCAACGAAGCAGAGAUAAAGGAGCUACGAGAAGAGAUGCUACAUUGCAUGCUGGGAGGUGUCCAAUGUCGACUAGACAGCAAUAUUGAGAGAAUCCGUCGGAUGGGCAUGGUUGUGGGGGAGUGUCUUAGUCUCAAAUUGGACACACCUGACUCACAAUUAAAAUUCCAGUAUGAGCCAGAUGAGGAAAUCAAAGAGCUGAAAUCAUUGAUGGAAUCUCCGACAAAAGACAGUGAGGAACACCAGUCUGAUGCGUCCAACAGACUUCAACCAGAGUCAGAGGCUCAGAGUUCGGCCGGAUUUUCAGUGCCGUUACAGCCAGUGAUAUCAGAGUCUGGCCGCAGGAGUGAUUCUGAGCUUGACAGUGAUGAUGAUCUGACUCCAUAUGAUAUGUCAGCUGACCAGGAGAAAAAGAAAUCCGCUGCACCACGUUACGUCAGAGACUGUAUGGAAGCAUUAAUGUCAUAUGAUGAUGCUGAAAGGGUGGAGCUCAGUUUACAGGUGGCGGAAGGUCUUGUAAGGCGGAAUGUGAAGGCCACACAAGAGGUGAGUGUUCAGUUCAGUAAGGUGCUGUUACACCUUGAGGACAGAUACAACACGCCGGGCUUCCACGCAGAGAGACAGAAUGCCAUGGUGGCCCUGACGGUUACAGACAUAAAAGUGGUGGUGGAAUAUUGGACUACAGAGUUCUUUUCUCUGAACUACAGCCUGAGGCAAAGACUGGAUAUUCUAGAGGUCCUCGCUCUCUCUGCCCAAGAACUAUCACAGCCAAUCACAAGUAAGCACACUGGAGGUCAGCCAGUCACUGCAAUAGCAGCCCUGGAGCAGUGUGAUGACGUCACACACUGGCGGCAGAUCGUGGAGAAACGAAUCCAGAGCAAAACUAGAUACAUCAGCAGGGGUGCGACUCACCCUGUUAAAGCCAUUCCGAACCGUUACGCCCCUGUUGCUGGAUUCUUCUUUUUCCCUCUGCUCAGAAACUAUGACAGGCCACAGAUGACCUUUGACCUUCUAGGGAGCGAUCACCUCGUGUUAGGAAGGCUGUUGCAUACACUAGGACUGCUCAUGCACCUGGCCGUCAAUGCACCGGUUGUGUCUCAGAUGGGUAGAGCUCUCCUGGACUUUGUGUGGGCUGUGCGCUUCCACGCUGACCAGAUGGUGAGGAGGGGUGUUAUGUUUGCAGUUUGCGCCGUGUUUCUGAGCAUGCCCAGUGAAAACUUACUGACAGAGCUCGGUGAAGAUCUGAUGGAGACCAGAGCCUGGCUGGCUGAUGUAGCAGAAAAUGACUGUGAUGCAGGCUGCAGGAGUUUAGCCGUACAGAGCUUAAUGCUGCUGGACAAAAACCUCAAAGCUCAACUGCAGAUACCAGCUGUGGAAUCCUGACACACACACACACACACACACACACACACACACACACACACUCUUAUGCACUAUCACUCUUUGAGACAUCACAUACUUUAGCUAUCUGAUGACUGAUUGAACGAAUUUCAUGAUGAUUAUUUCAUAUACCAUAUUGAAUGUUUCAGGAACUGUUCCUUGGAUACGAUUUUCUGUUCUUUUUGUACUCAUUUUUAUAGCUACUUAAACAUUAAAACAUCCCAUCAGGGACAUUAAAGACUCAAAAUGUCUGUUCUUGUUUUCUGAGUUUUUAAUCACCCCUGUUUUGAGUGAUAAGAUAUUUUGGUAACACUUUACAAUAAGAUUCCAUUCAUAAACAUUAUUUAAUGCCUUAGGUAUCAUGAACAAACAAUUAACAAUAUAUUGUUACAACAUUUGUUAAUCUUUGCUAAUGUUAGUUAAUAAAAAUACAAUUGUUAUUUGUUAGUUCAUAUUGCAUGAAUUAAUGUUAACAUCUACAACGUUUGAUUUAAAAAAAGUAUUAGUUUAUAUUGAAAUUAACUUAAAAAAAAAAAGAUUAAUAAAUGCUGUAAAAGUAUUGUUCAUUGUUAACUAAUGUUGUUAACUAAUGGAACAUUAUUGUAAAGUGUUACUGAUAUUUCUACGUUAUCUGACAGCCUAGGCCUUCACAAGGUACAUUUCUUGGAAAUUUUUUAUUUUUAUUUAUUUAUUUUUUUGGGAAACAAUUGAUGGGAAAUGCCCUGGCCAACAAGCAGAAUAAGUUAUCUUGGUAACACUAAUGUUCAUGUAUGAAAACAAACAAAAAUGACUUCAUUAUAUAAUGCCUAACAAGUCAUUCAUUAAAAUAAAUAUGUAUACAAGCAAGUGUUAUGGAAGUGUGCUUGGUAUAAAUAAAGGUUUGUUAAGCAUUACA